AUGGUGCUGUGCCUGCAUGGGGGAAGAAACCUGCAUCUGACCUCGAGAGCGUCUUCAACUAAGACCAGCAUGGCCUCCACGAUCGACUCUGACAUUCUUCUAGGUGUUGAACCAACGCAUACCACCAUGUCGUUUCCCGUUCCUGAUGCAACCACUUCUUUCUGGCGCACGCAACUGCAUGAAUUGGAUACGUCCCGCAGCACCGAAGAAAUACCGGCUGAAGUCGAUAUUGUUGUCAUCGGUGCUGGGUACUCUGGAGCCUCGAUUGUGCACCACCUGCUAAAACAUUCGAGAGUAUCAGGCCGGGACGUGUCGAUAGCCAUACUCGAAGCUCGUGAAGCAUGCUCUGGCGCGACCGGCCGGAAUGGCGGCCAUCUGAAGCCAGAUCCAUACUACCGAGCCGCUGGCGCUCUUGAGAAGUAUGGCAAAGAAGCUGCCGAGGAAGUGGCAUCCUUCGAAGCUCGCCAAGUCAAGGAGAUCCAGAAGCUGGUCGAGGACGAGAACAUUGACUGUGACUUUGUCGUCACACGAGCUACUGAUGUCUGCUUGUACGAAGCCGCGAAAAGAGAUCUCAAGCGUGGGCUUGACAAGUUACGGCAAGCUGGCAUAUCGACUGCUAGCGAAGUCUUCUAUAGUGAUGAGCGCAGUGCCGAAGGUGUAUCUGGCAUCAAGGGUGCGCAAGGCUGCUUCACCUACACAGCUGGGCUCGUCUGGCCAUAUAAGCUGGUUCUUCACCUCCUCGGCAAAGCAGUCGCAGCUGGGGUCAAUCUUCAAACCACCACUCCAGUGACCCAUAAAUGGUCUGUCAACACGUCUCGCGGCUCAAUUCAGACCUCAAAGGUUAUCUGCGCAAGCAAUGCAUACACGUCUGCCCUUUUAGCCGAAUUCAAAGAAAAGAUCGUGCCUGUACGAGGCAUCUGCAGCCGCAUUGUUGUCCCCGGGAACGCGCAUCCGCCUCUUCUCUCCAAUAGCUAUAUCCUGCGACUAUCCCCAAGCGAGUACGAUUACCUGAUCCCACGCGCAGACGGCAGCAUCGUCGUAGGCGGCGCACGAAGAGACUACUUCAAGGAACUAGACCAAUGGUACAACAACGCCGACGACAGCAAGCUCAUCGAGCCGGCGAAGAAUUACUUUGAUGGUUACAUGCAGCGACACUUCCGUGGCUGGGAGGAUAGUGGUGCCUAUACUGAUAAGAUCUGGACUGUAAUCAUGGGAUACUCCAGUGACGGUUUCCCUUUCGUAGGUCAAGUGCCUGGGAAGGUAGGGCAGCUGAUAUGUGCUGGGUUCUCGGGAAAUGGUAUGCCGCAGAUCUUUCUGUCUGCCAAAGCUGUUGCGCAGAUGGCGCUUGAGCAAGUGGAGGUGCAGAAUACGGAGCUGCCGAGACUCUACUGGACUUCGCAGGAAAGGCUGGAUUCGAAGACGAAUGUUACGCUAGAAGGGUGGCGGGCGAGUCACGGGAGGGAGGUUGGACCGAAGCUAUGA